AAAAUUAUAUACACAUCUCAUUUAUUCACUUGCUCUCUCUCUCUCUAUCAAUUUAUCUUACAGUGGCAAUGGCAGCUUUUGUUCUUCCCCAUCUCUUCUUCUUGUUUGUUCUACCCUAUUUUUCAGUAGCUCAAACUAAUGGUAUUGUGAAACUGGGAGCAACUCUCACUGCAACUGAAGAUGCCACUCCAUGGCUUUCGGCUUCUGGGGAUUUUGCAUUUGGAUUUCACCGACUUGACAACAAAGAUCUCUUCCUUGUCUCAAUAUGGUAUGACCAGGUACCAGACAAAACAAUUGUUUGGUAUGCAAAUGGGGAUAAGCCUGCACCAAGGGGCUCGAAAAUCGAGCUCACUGCUGAUCGCGGAUUAAUCCUUAGUUCCCCUCAAGGCGAACAGAAUUCGAUUUCUGACCCAAUUAUAGGUGUAGUUGCCUAUGGUGUUAUGAAUGACACAGGCAAUUUUCUGCUUGCAAACAAAAAUUCUGAACCGUUGUGGCAGAGCUUCAAUCAGUUUACCGAUACUUUGUUGCCUACACAGAUAAUGGAAGAUGGUAAGUUCCUCUCUUCCCGCCAAUCGGAGAGUAACUUUUCACAAGGAAGGUUCCAACUUAGUCGGUUAAAUGGAGAUCUUGGGCUGAGAACCGUGAACAUACCAGGUAACUUUCGUAACGACCCUUAUUAUUUUUUAUCCACAGGAAAUAGUUCUGGUUCUGGUUCUGGCUCGUCGAGUGACACACUGGUAUUCAAUAAAUCAGGCUACUUGAGCAUUUUGAGAGAUAAUGGACAUGAGUUAGUCCUUUCAAAGGGAGAUGAUGCUCGAGCAUACGACUUCUAUCAUAGGGUAACUCUUAAUUUUGAUGGAGUUUUGAUCCACUAUAGACAUCCAAAGACAAAAACUGGCAGUUCAAGCUGGACUGUCCUUUGGACAGUGCCGAUUAACAUUUGUUUAGGCACUAUAGAGAAUGCAGGUAGUGGGGUUUGUGGGUAUAACAGAAUUUGCAGAAUCAACAUAGAUCAAAGGCCAGAGUGUGAAUGUCCGCGACCAUUUUCUUUGCUUGAUCCAGCAGAUGACUACAGAGGUUGCGUACCAGAUUUUGUACAGGACUGCGUAAAUGAACCAAGUUCUGCAUCAAAUCUGUAUGAUUUUUAUGUAGUCACGAAUAUUGAUUGGCCAACCAGUGACUAUGAUCGGUUGGAGCCUUACAAUGAAGAGACAUGUCAAGAAGCCUGCUUGACUGAUUGCAUGUGUGCUGUUGCCAUUUUAAGAGGCAACACUUGUUGGAAGAAGAAGCUACCGCUUUCUAAUGGAAGAUUGGACACUAAUCUAAACGGAAAGGCCUUUAUCAAAUUUAAGAAAACCAACUCUUCACAAAACCCUGCAUUGCCUAUUCCAGGCCGUAAUAAUCAGGACGGUCUGGUCAUUUUGAUGUCUGCUUUUCUAGGUACCUCUGUUUUUGUCAACUUCAUACUGAUUAGUGUGAUGUGUCUUGGAUUUUUGCUGAUCUACCGCAACAAGUUGACAACAAUUGGAAAAGCGGAGAGUGUUGUGGAGAGAAAUUUGAGAUGCUAUACAUUCAAAGAACUUUUAGAUGCUACUGAAGGAUUCAAGGAAGAACUCGGAAGAGGAUCAUUCGGCAUUGUAUACAAAGGGGUUGUGCAAAUGGGUGGUUCAAACAUUCAUGUUGCGGUCAAGAAGUUAGAUAGAAUUCUUCAAGAUGGUGACAAGGAAUUCAAAACCGAGGUGAAUGUAAUCGGCCAGACCCAUCAUAAAAAUUUGGUUCAGCUGAAUGGUUAUUGCUAUGAUGGACCUCACCGGUUAUUGGUAUACGAAUUCCUAAGCAAUGGGUCUUUGGCAGGGUUUCUUUUCGGUGAUUUAAAGCUCAGUUGGAACCAAAGGACUCAAAUCGCGGUUGGGAUUGCUAGAGGACUUGUGUACUUGCACGAUGAGUGUAGCACCCAAAUCAUCCAUUGUGAUAUAAAGCCUCAAAACAUACUUCUUGAUGACUACUUCAAUGCUCAGAUUUCUGACUUUGGACUGGCAAAGCUUCUGAGGAUGGAUCAGAGCGAAACCCAUACGGCCGUCAGAGGAACAAAAGGGUAUGUUGCACCAGAAUGGUAUAGGAACAUGCCAAUCACAGUGAAAGUUGAUGUGUUUAGCUUUGGUGUGUUGCUUCUGGAGAUCAUUUGUUGUCGGAAAAAUGUGGAUAUGGAGAUUGGUGGAGAGAGAGCAAUUUUAACGUACUGGGCAUAUGAUUGCUAUGAAGAAGGCAUGUUACAUGCUUUGGUAGAAAAUGAUGCAGAGGCCAUUAGCAAUCGGAAGAAGCUAGAGAGGUUUCUGAUUAUUGCCAUUUGGUGCAUUCAAGAAGACCCGUCUCUGAGACCUACCAUGAAGAAAGUUAUGCUGAUGCUCGAAGGAAUUUUGGAAGUCACUGCUCCACCUUGUCCACACCCAUUUAGUACCACGGGACGAAGUUAAGCGUAGCUUGCUUGCCUUGUUUCAUGGAAGUAUUCUUUUUCACAAUAACUAAAAGAGGUCGGACGCUGCAUCCUAAUCACGUGAUAUAAGGAGCCAACUGUGAGUAAUAACGUUGUAAAGUUAUGUUCAAAUUAUAAUUAUUUUCUUGAAUGCUAUUAAGCUCUGUUUCUGAUACUGAUCAGUUUGUGUUUACUUGUGUCAGUUUGUUUUUUGUAUUAUUAUGAUUUGCUUGAUUGCCUAUAAUAUGAAGAAACUUGUUUGUUUAGGUUGAUCUUUUGGAAUCAUAUAAGAAGUUUUUUUUUGGUAUA